AUGGCUAUAUAUAGAGAAGGAAAGAAGCGGAAGAGAAGUUUACAGCCAACUCUUGGGGAAACCCUUUCUAUAAAAAUUUGAACCUUCUCUCCAGAGCACAAGAAAGUUGUAGAAAAGUAAAACCUGAAAUCUUCCAUCAAUGGCGGACUUAAGAGCAAGGAACGCAUGCAAUAGAAAACAAACUCGCCGGUCAUCCUCUACGAUAAAAGUUCUUCCAAAAGAAUUGUUAAUGGAAGUUUUAGCGAGGGUUGCCUCUGGUUCGGUUUCUGACCUCUACAAGGCUAAAAUAUGCUGUAGGGAAUUCCUACAUGCCGCCGACGAUGAUUAUGUAUAUGAACAUGUAUCUCUGGAGAAGUUUCCGGUAAUUCCAUGGUUUAUUACAGAGAAAGAGUUUUCAUUUUUGAAACGUUGCAAGGAAAGUGGAAAUUCAGAGAGUUUAUACAGAGAGGGAAUGGUGGAAUACUUCAGUUCUUUAAAUUUAAAGUCAGGUCUUGAGAGUUUAAGGCUGGCUUCCCAAAAGGGCCAUAAAGAUGCAAAGUACGUAUAUGGUAUGAUUCUGAUAUGCUCCGAUGAUGAAGAGCAGAGAAAACAGGGACUUCAACUUUUACGUUUCUUGAGAAUGUCCAAGUGCAUUAGAAGGAGUAGGAACAGGGUAAAAAAGUUUAUCUGGAGCAUGUGGGUGAGAAAUCGUGUGGUUCGGGAUCGUAGACCCUUGUGCCAUUUUCAUAAAUUUGAUAACAGUCGGAGAUUGCACAGUAUUUCAAGAGGAUGGCCUCCCUUUGAAGAAGACGAUGGUAUUGAUAUUUCGUGUGAAUAUUGUAUAGGUGAUUACGAACUAGGUUUGUUUUGUGACUUGCUACGUGUAUAGUUCACUCAACCCCCGUAAGGAAUGGUUGAAAUUGUGUGGCUCGAAAUAGCCAGCAUCCAGCGUUGUUCCUUUUCUCUUUUUUCUUUUUUUUUUAACCCCAACAUGUGCACCAAGAAAAUCUCACCAGUGUGUAUUAUUUAAAUUUGAUUUAAACAAUUUAUAUUUUAUACUCUUUUUUUUACAUAAAAAACUACUUUUAAUUUUAAGUGCAAUUAGAAAUUAUUUUUCAUUUCGCAUUUUACAAAAUUUAAAAUCAAAUUAUAUCGAACGUUAAGAUAAAAUAUGAACUGUCUUAGUUUAAUCUAAGCAGUUGGAGAGAAGACAAAAGGACCUACGUACGUUAUAGGCAACCAAAUCUCAUCACUUCCCAAAUGAUAAAACUAGAGAUACGCACUCAGUUGUAU